UUUCACCGUCUAGCACCGUCUGCAAACCUUGCAGCACCUCUUUGGUUCAAGUUGAAGGCGACGGAAUCUUAUUUUUAGCCAGUAGGCCAUAGCUAAGGUGUCGGCAGUGUCUGGUGCUCUUUCAUAUAUUUUUGGCGGCUAAAAAGUACACUUAUAUCUAUCACAAUGCCCAUCAUUCGACUGGAAUCAUCUGAUAAAGAAAUUUUCGACACGGACCAGGAGAUCGCCAAAUGCUCGGAGACCAUCAAGACUGCUCUCGAAGAUCUGGGCGAUGAGAGCGACAAUAGCGUGCUGCCCUUGCCGAAUGUCAACUCGCUAAUUUUGAAGAAGGUGCUCCAUUGGGCCACCUACCACAAGGACGACGCCGAAUUGGCCGAAGAAGACGAGAACAAGGAGAAGCGCACCGAUGACAUUUCGUCAUGGGAUGCGGACUUUUUGAAAGUGGACCAGGGUACCUUGUUCGAGUUGAUUUUGGCUGCCAAUUAUCUGAACAUUCAGGGAUUGCUGGAUGUGACGUGCAAAACAGUCGCCAAUAUGAUCAAGGGGGGAAAGUCUCCCCAAGACAUCCGGGACACAUUUGGUAUAACUAACGACUUCUCGCCAUCUGAGGAGGAGCAGGUGCGUAAAGAGAACGAGUGGUGCGAGGAUAAGUGAAGCCAACGCAAUCCGGAGCCAUUGGCAUGCCCAAGUGAGCAAAUAUGUGUUCCAGACAUUUCAGGCGCAGAGAUGAGUAGAUUUCGAUCGAUUAAUCCAAUGUCGUGCAGGGGGGUGUUUAUAUAUUUCCGCAAAAAUAAUGAAACUGAAGGAAUUUUAGCGCAGUUGA